UCUCGUAUCGGGGUUUCCCCAUAGUCGAUCUUGGGUUCUUGCGCGUCGUAGCUAGCUUGAAGUUUUCGACGAAAGUCUGCAGAGUACCAACACUGUAAUGUGAACCGCGAAAUUUCACAUGCAUGAAAUUCUGCAAUAAGGUAAUAGCCGUUUAUUAGUGGCAUUGAAAACAAUUACUUUCUUUCGAGUGGUAUAUUAUGAGUUUGCUGUAGGACAAAUAGUUAGUUGCUUUGCAAUUUUAGAUAUUAAAUUACAGCCAAGUACAUUCCAAUUCUCUACAUGCCGCAGUGUUGCUUAGCCUGUUAGGUACUGACACAAUAGAGAUCUGUUAACUUGUACUUUACCGGUACUGUAACACUGGUUUUGUGGUAGUUAUUGGUGCGCGUGUUGCGGAGUAAGACGUUAGUAAACUGUAUGUGAGUGGUGUUACGAGUGAAGUGUUGCGCUAUGUCUGCCAAAAGCGUCAGUGCCCUUCAUUUCGCUGCAGGUAGUGGUGAGUUGGAGAAGCUUGUGCAUUUGAUUCGAAAAGGUGGAAAUAUUGAUGUCGAAGACGAUCAUAAGGUAAGGCCGCUACACGUCGCGGUUUUCUGGGGCCAUGUUCAUAUUGUCAAAGAACUUGUCAAAUAUGGAUGCGAUGUAAAUGCUGGAUCGAUAGGUGUGACAUACCAUUCUCAGAUAGAAUUUAAUGUGACACCUUUGCACAUCGCGGCCGAGACAAAUCAUCUCGUAAUCAUAUGUGCACUGAUUGAUGCGGGAGCUAAAGUUAAUAAUGCGACAUCUCUAGGUGUCACACCGCUUCACGUAGCUGCUGUAGACGGCGGAGCGAGUGUAGUCAGUAGACUUCUAAGAGCUGGCGCAGAUAUAGAUGCCUGUGACGCACAGAAAAUGACGCCACUGUUCCUUGCUAUAAAAUCUGAUCAGACAGACAGUGCAUUGUUGUUGCUCCGGUCAGGAGCGCAGUUCGACGUUGCAGGUCCAAACUGUUUGACGCCACUGCACAUGGCUUGCGGACGUGGGAAUGUUGUAGUAGUGACGAAUCUGCUAGAUAGAGGAGCGAAAAUUAAUGCAAAGUCUUUCACUGGCCAAACGCCGCUGCAUGUGUCGCUUAUCAGAAAUCAUUUCCUAGUGACACACAUCUUGGUAAAACGCGGCGCAGACGUUAACAUCAAGACUAACGACGGUUACAGUGCACUACAUUUGGCAAUAAAAUGCGACCGAUCAGUCAAUGUGAUUAAACAGCUUAUUAAAGAUGGGGCGGGUGUGAAUGAGAUAGCGACAGACGGAAGUAGUCCCAUGCAUUCCGCUGUCGAAAACCGUUCUCCAGAUAUAGUUCGAGCCCUGCUUUUGGGCAAGCCUGAUGUUAAUGUGUGUGACAAAAACGGGAGAACGCCUCUGCAUACGGCUGCUGUAAACGGUGAUUUGGAGAUAGUGAAGUUACUGGUCUCUCACGGAGCACUUGUGAACUGCACCGAUGCUAGGAACAGCACCCCACUUCAUUUUGCCGCUGCAUGUGGACAUGUUGCUGUUGUUGAGUUCCUCACGAAAAAAGGGGCAAACACAAAUGCUGCUGACGAAGCCAAGUGGACACCUAUACAUUUCGUAGCCGAAACUGGAGUUCCGCUGACCGACUCCGAAGAUAACGACAUACAUUCCAGAGUGGACGUAGUGAAAUCUCUUGUAGCUAGCGGAGCACUAGUAAAUGCUCGAAAUGAAAAGGAUGAGUUGCCAGUACAUAUAGCAGUCAGGUCAGGCAAUGUUACCAUUACAAAACGUCUGCUUGACAGUGGAGCAUACAUAGACGUCAACAUUCCAUUCGGAUCCGGUAAGAGCCUAUCGCUGAAAGAUUAUACCACCAUACGGCUCAACUUGCCUCUCAUCGUUGUCUUAAACGUAACGGAGAAAUUAUUUCCUGCUAUCAAAGCAGGGAGUGUUGACCAUGUGAAAAGCUGUGUGGACAAUGGGGCAGUCCUAAACUGUAGAAGUGUCAAGUUUGGAACACCACUUAUCCACGCUAUCUGUGAAGGACAUAUUCGUAUCGUCAAUUUUCUUCUUGAUAAUGGAGCUGCUGUAAAUAUGAUUCAUGGAAAAACUCUGCUGGCACCGUUGCAUUACGCAGCGAAAUUGGGCUAUUACAAAAUUGUAUGUGCCCUGCUUUCACACGGAGCAUCAUAUGACAUCAAAAGUGAGAGCAAAGAAACUCCCUUGUCUUUUGCUGACAAUGGAGCUCAUCGUAACACCGUCAAGCUAUUGCAAUCUGUUACUGAUUUCUUUCAAGCAUUCAAGAAAGGUAAAAAUGGACACUUGAAAGAAUUGCAAUCUUUGAAAGAAAAGAAGAGUACAGAAUUUGCAGCAAUUACCAACUGCCGCAAUGAAGAAGGAGACACCCUGGUGCAAGUAGCAAUUAAAAAUCAACAUAAGGAAAUAGCAACUGAAGUUGUCAGAUUGCUUAAGAAAAACUAAGACCAAUAUUUUCACAAAGUUUUGAAUUGUUUUGUGUGACAUACCCUAAUUGUCAAUAUGAUAAAUAUUUUUGUGUGUUAAUACAGAUGUUUUCAAAAGUGAUUUAAGGUGAAUACUUCCAGUACUGUAUGAGUGUUAACAGUAGAAAGUCAGGGACUAAUUGAAGUUAUAUGGCUGUAUAAAGUGUUUAACAUAUCGUAAUGUUUAUUGAUUUUUUCAUGUGUGAACAGCAGGGCAGACAUAACUAGUAAAUGGCAAAUUAAAUGGGUACUUGGUACAUCAUUUUAAUAUUUCUUGUAAUUUUUUUUUUUUCCAAUGGUAAUAUAUGACUUCAGUACAUCAGGAUUAAAUUUUCUACUGAAUACUCUCCCUUACAUUUUGGAUGCUUAUCAUAUUUCCUAAGCAUUGCUUAUACAUUGGCAUAUUGUUAUGGGUCACAAAUACUUGCAGCAGCUUUUUACUAAAGUAAAAAGAUUUGUGAAAGUUUCUAUAAACUUCUGUUGCCCCUGUUGGCAUCUACAAACUGAAUACAGAAUUUCAGUACACUUUGCUGCCUCAGCAAGUGAAAGCUUCUUUCUCAAAGCAAUAUGAUGAGCCACAAUUACCACCUACAGCUUGUUGUUAGUUAGGGCAUUUACGUUAAACUGUGGAUGUAAUAACAUUCCAAACAGACACAUUUCCUUCUCAGAAUUGAGGUAUGAAGAAAAUAUAUUUCAGUAGGUUUUGUACUACUGUAAGAGCUGCAGUAAGGGCAGUGAGAUCAUAGCUAUGGAAGAUAAUUAUGUUUUCCUUUUUAUUGUUAUACCACAUCACUUUAUUUGCUAUUUUUUUUCAAAGUGGGUCUUGUUUGACCAAAAUAGUCACUGCAAUAUAUGUUAUGUAAUAUUAUUCAAUUCAUUGGUAGUUUUCCCAUUUACAGAGUUGAUAUAAUUCAAACCGUUAUUAUGACAUUUAAUUCAUAAUUAGUUUUUGAUACUGCUGGCUGUAUUUUUAUAUUUACAUCCACAGAUAUUUAGCAAAAUAUUUCCUUUGUAAUUUCUCUACAGUCAAUCAUUUAAAAAGUUGUACCCAGAGGUAUACAGGAUCUAUUUUCAAGUGUGAACAUGUAUAACUGAGUUUGCUUGUGUUUUAAAGGUCAACUGAUAUUGUGCUCAUAAAGUAAAAUUAAUUAGCAUUUUUAAUAGUAUGUUCUCUUGUCUUCUACAUCAUUAGGGUGUACAUAAUUUUUGUUCUGGUUGUUUGGCACUGAUUUUUUCACACGGUGUUUAUGUUUUCAAAACUAUAUGAUAGGUGUGUUUGUUGCAGUAUUUGUUAUUCUUGCCCAUAUUUUGUAAAACUUUGCUUUUAUAUUGCAUAUCAGGAAAAAUUUGUAUGUUUUAUAGAGUUUUGUCCAUAGUUCACAGAGACUCAGGUCUGAUAAUAUUUUGUAUUUACUGUUGAGUUACUGUUGAUAUUUAUAAUUACAUGUAAAAAGAAUACUACAGUGUGUAAAGAUGUAAGAAAAUCUGAUUCAUGGAUUAUUUCAUAGUAGUCACUCAUCUUGUGAUGCAAUACAAAUUCCAUUUCUUAAUAUGAAAUUGGUGAUAGAAUCAGGAUUUGUACAAACCUUUCUGUAAUAAAGCUGAAGGUUCAUAAUGAAA